AUGUCUACCUUCCCCAUCUUUCACACCCUAAACAGUGGAGCUGGCUUCCCUGGACUAUCCUCCUACCCUGCUGAGCAGAUAUCAUUAGCCCCUAUGGAGCAACCCCUGUAUGAUCCAAAAGCCGCCGACCUUGCUGCGCUGGAUUUAAUACCUGAAGAUGACUGGCUUAAAAUUCUGGGGCUCCAACCCUCAUCUGCGCCUGGUGCAUAUUGGAUGCAUGUGGACUCUCCUCCCAUUGCGGAGGAGUCGCUCUCAGACGUCCAAAAUGAUUUCACCGCUGCCAUUCGCAUAAAGGUUUCCCAUCCUCGGGUAGCUCAUGCGUGUGAUCACUGCAGGCGCAGAAAAACAAAAUGUUCGGGGGAUCAGCCAGUGUGUGCGAGCUGCAAGAAAAGAGGCAAGGUGUGCCAGUGGACUCCUAUCAAAACCACUAAAGAGCGACGAAGCCGGAAGCCUUAUGACGUUGGUUCUGAAUACCGCCCUCGAGCAAGUGCAUCUGCACCGUCUGCCCCGUAUAUUGCGGCACCUAGGGCGACUUAUCCGAGCGUUAUGCUCCCGAAUCCGAUGACCAUUUGGUCUAUCGAGGAUGCUAUGUCUGCAGCGCAGGCUAGUACGAUUUCGAAUGCGUCCUCUAGUCGGAGCGAGCCUUCUUUUCAAACACCCACUGGCUGGAGUGCUCAGUAUGAUUCGGACUACGAUGUUCAAUGGAUCCCAUCGCCUCCUUCCUCCUGUCCUUCAUUGGGGAGUGAUGACUUAUCUCGCGAAUCGUCGCCUUUGGACACGCCCACGCGCGCCAACUCAACACCUGACUCAAUAUAUCUUUCUGGGGAGGAGCCGGCGCAGAAUUUCGACGACAUCGAUGAUUUCUUCAAAGAUCUAUAUCAAGGUCUAUCUCCCGAGUGGUCUUCUGUCUUACAAAGCUGGCCGGAGAUGCCUUUUGCUCAGUAA